AUAAGAACAAACUUCAUUUUCCCCAUUCUACUUUCUUCUCUCUUCCUCUCGCUUUCGUAGAUUUUCAAAAGGCGAAAUGGCGGGUGAGCAAAUGAAACCUGUUGCCUCUGGACUUCUUGUUUUGAACUUCUGCAUGUAUGUGAUCGUUCUAGGCAUUGGAGGAUGGGCCAUGAACCGAGCCAUCGACCAUGGAUUUGAAGUCGGCCCUAAUUUAGAGCUUCCAGCACAUUUCUCCCCAAUUUAUUUCCCGAUGGGAAACGCAGCCACAGGAUUCUUUGUGAUAUUCGCGUUGCUAGCGGGAGUGGUUGGUGCGGCUUCCACAAUCUCGGGCCUUAGUCACAUUCGUUCGUGGACUGUGGGUAGCUUACCAGCUGCAGCCACAGCUGCAACCAUUGCCUGGACCCUCACAGUCCUAGCCAUGGGUUUCGCUUGGAAAGAAAUCGAGCUACAAGGGCGAAAUGCAAAACUGAGAACCAUGGAGGCGUUCUUGAUCAUACUCUCAGUCACCCAGCUUAUUUACAUCGCAGCGGUUCACGGCGUGAGGAGACCUUAAGGAAUCAUGGGCGUCGGGUUUCUUUUCUUCCUCUUGUGGCAAUCAUCCGAAACUCGGGAUUGAGUGUGUGAGCGUUUGUAUUUGUGUGUGUUUGGUUUAUUUUCAUAGGAAAGCUUAAGAUAAAUUCAUGCAUUCUUUAUGUACAAAAGGACUGGAUCGUGUUUUGUGUGUGUCACUUGGUGUUCAUGGAAUAAAAUCAAACUUUAAGG